GUAUACCUCACGGCCCUAGUGCCGGCCAUCCUCGCUACACGAGUGGCAACCAUUACCUCACUACACUCUCUGUUACUGGAGGCAUUACUUUUGUUUCACUACACCUUAGUUGGUACACUGUCUUGCAUCUUUCAUGGAGUGUUAGUUACAGGAAGUGUAUCCUCGCUAUACAAUGAUACUCCAACAUCAGGUGAGUUUAACAUUGAGGACAUUUGUUAUAAGACCACCUAACUGUUGGUUUGUGUAACUGUCAUACACACUGUAAAGUGGAGAGUAACAGGUGAGUGACAUUUAUAUGGGACAGUUCCAGACUGACAGAUGGAAAGUGCCGGGAAAGGUUCAGUCAUUGAUAAAUAUCGGGACAAAUUCUUAUUAAUUUAUGGACUUGUUUUCUUAGAAGUGUAUUUUCUUUUUUACUUUGUAUACAAAAUGAAAGGAUGACCCAUCACCAGGACGUCGUACUCAACAGUGAAGGAGAAAGGCAGUAGAAGAGACAAGAGAAGGAAAGAGACGAAAGUUUAAUAAAGAAAUAAUUAAUAAGAUUUUUGAAUAAAUGAAGGUUGUAUACUGGAGAGCAACUGUAACGGAGGAGCUUCGUUGUGAGUCUUACUGUGUGUAGAUCACAGUGUGGACGUGUAGUAAGCUGUCCUUUCCUUCACAGUUCUGUGGUCAGUGUGUUGAUGUUUGUCAUGUUGGUCGCAUCCCUCGUCGACAUCUACAUCGACUACACCAACAAACAACAUCUUACAAAAGGUGGACUGCAGUUCUUGAUGCCGUUCUCAGCCUACACUAACCUGGGCAAGAUAUUCCACAUCUCCACCAACAGUUCGCCCACCACCAUUAACUGUCUCCACGGCAUGAGAGUACUCUCCAUGACAUGGGUGAUGUACGGCCAUCAAUAUGCUAGUAAUGCUUCCCAAUCAGCCAAUUUCUUUGUCCUUAAUAAGCGAAUCAACGGCUUCCUUUUCCAAGCCAUCUCUAAUGCCUUUGUUAGCGUGGAUACCUUCUUCUUCAUGAGCGGUCUGCUGGUGACCUACAGUACCAUGAGGGAGAUGAAGAGGACUGGCAAAUUCAACAUCAUUCUGUUUUAUGUUCACAGAAUCAUCAGGCUGUCUCCCCCUAUCGCCCUGGUGGGAGGGAUGUACGCCACUGUGGUCUCUUACUUCGUCAGCGGACCUUACUCCCUCUCUUACAACUUCAGGGACGAAUGUCAGAAGAACUGGUGGGCUGACACUUUCUUCGUCAGUAACAUAGUUGAUAAAAUUUGCCUUGUCCAGACCUGGUACGUCUCUGUCGACUCCCAGCUGUACUUGGUGGCCCCGCUUCUCCUCCUACCUCUCUUCUUCUAUAAGGCUCUAGGUAAAGUGUUGCUGUACCUGGCGGCCCUGGUCUCCAUUCUCGUACCUGCCAUAAUUAUCUACAUCCACAACCUUCCGCCUACCAGUCUCCAGGUAGCCGAGAAUAUUGGUGAUUAUUAUUACAUGGUGUACGGUAAAUCAUGGUGCCGCGCAGGGCCCUGGGUGGUGGGGAUCUGGAUGGGGUUCGUCCUCUUCUCUCAAGGCCAAGCUAAGGUCAAGCUCAGCAAGACUGUGGUGGUGUGCGGGUGGACGGCGGCGGUGCUCACGGGUGUGCUGGUGGUGUUCGGGAUGUGGAGUUACAACACCAUUCCCCCCAAGGCUGGUUACGACCUGGUGACUCAGGUGGCGUAUGGAGGACUCUUCAGGAGCGCCUGGGCCGCCGCUCUCGGCUGGAUCGUCUACGCCUCUCACAACGGAUACGGAGGACUGGUCAACGACUUCCUGUCACACCCGUCGUGGCAGCCACUAAGUCGUCUCACCUUCACGAUCUACCUGGUGGCGUUCCCGCUACAGACCGUCUUUACCAGUAAUUCCAGGAUUCCCUUCUACUUCACCCACCUGAAUAAGGUGAUGGAGACGGUUGGCUCCAUUGUACUCUCGGGGAUGAUAGCGGUGUUGGUGUCCCUGAUGGUGGAGUCGCCGGUCCUGGGGCUGGAGAAGGUUCUUCUUAGACCAGCUGGUGAUGGUGCCGCUGCUUCUCGCCAACCUCCCAAGACAGAUGGGCCUCAAGACGAGUUAACUCCUGCAGCAGCUGAGAGCUGCUCCAACACUCCCCGGGGACUGAAGCCUGCAGCUGCUCCUGCCAUGGUAGGCCACUCCCCAGAGCCUGCCCAAGGAUAUGAUAACUUGGCUUGUACUAUCGAAGUUGUUGAACCUCCACCCUCUAAGGUUAACUUGGCUUCUGUUAACGGGAACAAUAUACAAGUUGUGGACAUGCCUGCAGGUGUUUAAACAGCGACACACAAUUGAAAAUGCUCACUCUUCCUGCAGUCAUUCACAACCAGAGCUCACUCUUACUCCAGUCAAGGAUCACCAGAGCUCACUCUUCCUUCAGUCAGUGACAACCAGAGCUCACUCUUCCUCCAGUCAAUGAUCACCAGAGCUCACUCUUCCUCCAGUCAAGGAUCACCAGAGCUCACUCUUCCUCCAGUCAAGGAUCACCAGAGCUCACUCUUCCUCCAGUCAAUGAUCACCAGAGCUCACUCUUCCUCCAGUCGUAGAUGACGGUUUGCGCUCUUGGAAUCUCGUUCCGGAGUUUCGUAUCUGUGUUGUUCGUAUCUCGAAUGUAGUUAUAAUGAAGCAGUAUAUGAAGGAGGAGGAGGGCAGAGCAUUCCUGGACGACAGCGGGUGUGGAGCUGGUGGGCGCUGGUCGACGGAGCCGGUUGUGAUUGAUUGAGUUACUCUGAUUUGAACUAUAAUGUAAGUUUAUAACGUUUUUAUACUUAUGUAUGUUUCAUAACUGUGGUGAUUGUUAAUGUGUGGUUAUUGAUGGUUAUUGGCUACUGGUGGUCAGUGUUAUUACAGUAUAUUGUGCAAACAAAUAUCGCCUUUACUACUAACACUUCCCUUCAGUAAAAUAAGUUAAUUAAAGUCUACUUACAUUGAGAGACUACACCUGGGCGAUGCUAAAGAGUCAAAGAGUAAAGUAUAAUGAAUAAGACAAUAAAUAUAAUGUAAUUGUGUCGAUGAAUAUAAGUGAACAACAGUUUUGAGUUUGUGUAGGGUGUUGCCGCUUCGUUCAUAGCAGGUGUCGAGUUCAAGGGUGCCGGAGUUGGGCUCUAUGAAGCUGGCUACGUUAUAAUUACCCUCGUCAGCAGUACAACACCAGAUAGGAUAUAGAGCUAAAGUGAUUACGCUUGUUGUUCGUCUUUCUAAUCAUUUGAGUAUUAUCGAACAUUUGUCAAAGAUUCUCAGCAAGCAAAAUGUGAUACCUGGUAGGCCUAUAUAUUUUUUUUUCUUCGUUGACCUAAGU